UUGUCUGUUCUUAUGUCAGUCGGUAAGGCUGUCUAUUAAAGGAAAGGAAGUUGAUCAUUUUAAGUGUUGAACAACGCAUCAACAGAGUGACCUAUAUAUAUUGACCUUAACAAGGAAGUAGAACCGUCAUUACGAUUUUGCAAUAUCCGGAAAAAAAAUUUCAACUCAUGGGUUUUAAAGAAUGUUUGUAGUAGGGAUAUACAUGUACCUGUAUACAAAUAAAGAAAUUCUUUGGAACCAGACACGGUUAUGAUGGAUUUGCGUCAACGCAUCGUUUGGAUUUUUCAAAUUGUGUUCACGGUUUCUGGGGGAGUAGAUUCGUUUACCUGUUCAUCAAACCCAAACUGUAACUGUUAUAACCAAUCUGGAAUUCUAUUUGCCAAUUGUGCCCACCGGGAUUUGACUGAAGCGCCAUUAUUCAGUGAUGACGUAACCGGAAUCAUUCUCGCACACAACGAGAUUUCAAAGUUCCCGACUCUUCUUCCUAAGAAUAUCAUAUAUCUAGAUUUAUCAGAUAAUUUGAUUGACAGAAUUGAUCAAAAGUCAAUUGUUAACUAUACACAUUUAAGUAAUCUCAGUGUAUCUGCCAAUUCCCUGCAGUCAAUUGAAUUGGAUUCGUUCGUUAACUCUAAAAGUUUGGUUCAUCUAGAUGUAUCAAUGAACCAGGAACUCACUUUAGAAGUAUUGGCCAACAUAUCACGUGAUCUUAGAUAUUCCACGUCUAUCCGUGUUCUAAACUUGGAAAGUCUACAGUGCACGUACGGAGUGAGUUUCAUCAUUCGGAAAUACCACAUCGCAGAUUUGAGGAACACUCAUUUAGAGGAACUAAAUCUAGCGUCCAACCGUAUCAACAGUUUGGAACUCGGGGUUCUAUCAGCAUUGCCAAAGUCAUUAAAACACCUUAACAUAGCCAACAACGUUCUGAGUUUUGGAUUUUAUCUUGCUGAAUUUGGAAGCUUGGAGAACAUUGUUAUUUUUAAUGUUAGUUUUCAGUCCUAUUUUCAUCAACUACAAGUAAAGCAUUUCUUCGUCAGGUGCAACGAUACACGUAAUCGACAAAUAUGCAAAUCUGACAGGUCACAUGACCAUCUUAGAGGUAUGGAUGUAAUGCCAUGGAACCAAUUCUCAUUAGCCCGACGUAAAAACGUCAGCAUAUACCUUCCGCCUAAGUUAGAAGUUCUGUACUUCCACGAUAAUCUGUACAAACUGACUCUCGAAGAUUUUACAUUUAAAACUGUGGGUCCUUCAUCUGUGACUCAUUUAUACUUGCAAAACAACAUCAUCUAUGAGCUGAAUGGCCCUAUUUUAGGAUUAGACAGUGUCAAAUACAUUGAUUUGUCCAACAAUUUCUGCAAUUUUAUCUCUGACCGUUUCUUUGAUGGAAUCCAUAAUGCAACAUACCUUGAUUUAUCCCAGAAUGCCAUAGGAGAAGUUCUUGAAAACGACGCCAAAGGGAUAAUUUUUCGAAAUCUGUUCAAAUUGAGAACCCUAAACUUAACACGGAAUCGAAUAGUAAGACUUCCACCCGCCAUUUUUCGGAAUCUCAAUCAGUUAGAAAUACUAAACCUUAGUUACAACUCUCUAAGCGAAUUUACUUUACCCCUUGAAAAUAUGAAACAACUUAAUCACCUGGACCUUUCCAACAAUCAAAUACAGUUCCUGGAUGAAAAAACGCGAAACACAAUUGAUUCUCUAUCAACGAAGAAGAAAAUAAACGUUAACAUGAGACGGAACAGACUUUUGUGUAACUGUGAACAACUUAAGUUUUUAAAAUGGAUGCGUCAAUCUGAGAAUGUCAAAUUUGUGCAUUUUGACGAGUAUUUUUGUACAUACAUAAAUUCGUCAAGGGUUAAUUUUACAGAUGUUGACACGAUACUCCAACUCAUGGAGAAGCAAUGUGCGUCAUACAUUUUAACGAUCGUGAUUAUGACGUCAUUAAUUAUAGUCGUCCUGACAACUACUCUCGGACGCAUUCUUUAUAGAUACCGGUGGAAACUUCGGUAUAUGUAUUACGUAGCAAGAGAAAAAUACCGAGAUAAUGUUAAGAGGCCAGAAGGCACAGAUGACAGUUCUUUUUAUUUCGAUGCUUUUGUGUCAUAUGCAGAUAAAGACAGACAUUUUGUGAUCAAACUCGUACAGCAACUUGAAAAAGAUCAUAAUCUAAAACUGUGUAUACACCAUCGUGAUUUUAUUCCUGGAACGGGUAUUGCUGAUAACAUCACUAACGCAAUUCAUUACAGCAGACGAACGGUGACUAUUAUGACGUCACACUUCUUGAAUUCCUAUUGGUGCAUGUUUGAAUUAAACAUGGCGCGAAUGGAAGCAGUAUAUUCUAGAGAUGGUGAAAAUGUUCUAUUUUUAGUGGUCUUAGAAAAACUGGCAAUUGCAAAGCUUCCGUUUUCUUUUAUGGACCUUAUCGAAAACAGAUCGUAUUUGGAGUUUCCAGAUAACGAGGACAAUGAUGAGGUUGCAGCUUUUCGCUCGAAACUUGGAGCAACGUUGAAAUCUCGUGAGAGUGAUAUUAGAAUGCUAUCUCUGAAUUCAACUCCAAUAGAAUAACGAGUAAGAUAAGGGCCUCUUAACGUACAUGUACAAUGAUAUAUCUAGCGCAGUGUGUAUAGAGAAGCGAGUGAUACAUGUAAGGCAGUUCUCAAAAUGGCCGAUGUUCAUGGAGAUUACGCCACUAUCAAGUUUAGAUCAGGUGUUUAGAAAAUAAAACAUUGUUAUGUACGUGCUUUGAUGUUAUUUUGUUAGAUAUAUUUUGGUUUGAUAUUGUUUGGUUUAAGAGAGAGUUUUUUCAUAUUUUUUUCUAUUUAUAAUUUCAGGGAAUUUUAAAACAACCAGACAGUAUUACUAAGUGAUAUUAUCAAACCAUCAAUUAAAACUAAUUUGACUAUAAUUUUUAAAGCAAUGUCAGGUGAUAAUUAUUUUUGUUCCGAUACAAAUUAUUCAUGAGUAUAAAAAUAGGACAUACAAAAAUAGGACACAUAUUUCUAUUCUUAGAAUAGUAAAUGUGCAUAGAAAAUGUUUAUUCCAAAUACAACUUCAAUAAUGAGAUACAAUGUAAUUGAUUGCUCUAAAGUAUAUAUUGGCUAGCCUGAACUCUUUUUACUUUCUUAAAUACCAACUUAUUUUGUUUCUUUUAUCGAUGCAUUUAAUGUGAACUACUUUGCACAACUAUUACCCCAUUAUCAAAUUAUAAAGACGUCAAAAUUGACAAAAACGCAAAUAUACUAGAAACAGUAUAUUUUAGUAUUUUAAUUGUCACUUAAAUCUGGUAAUGAGUUAAAGAAACGCUUUCUUGUGUCCUUUGUUUCGUAAUAAAAUUUCUAUUCCUUUUUUCAUAAGAAAUAACAAUUAAAAGUGAGAGUACUGACAAUUUGAAACAUCGUCUUACUUAGUGUUCUAACUUUUAAUCUAGAAGGUAUAUUCGGGGACCAUGGUUGUUGAAUUUGAUAUUCUGAAAUAAGAUAACGUUAUAAUGCAGUAUUCUUCUUUUUUCAUCUUUUACUAUCAGAUAAAUUCUAUGUAAGAACCAAAAUUUGGUGGCCACGCAUAGUCACGGAUUUUCUUUAUACUUGACACUUUGAUAGACUUCGGUAAGUAUAAAAAACCCAACACCAUUUGUUUGUUGCUAUGUGGUCCCGUUGCCAAGGUAACCGAGGGCAAAGAUGUAAAAAUGGCAUUUUAAUGCUUAUUUGAGAACAUAUUGUGAGUAAUGUGCAGACCUUGGGGUUUCCAGGGUAAAAUAUAUUAUUAAAAAUGGUUGUCAUUUUUCAAAAGAAAGAGAAAAAUUCAUGGAGAAACGCAUAUUUUUAGAGCGUUUCCAUGGUUACUAAACAGAAAGUCUUUUGGUAAACACUAUUAUGAUUGUGCAAUUAAAAAAAUAAAUAUGAAAAUUGAGAACCGUUGCUAUGGUAACAAGCUUAAAAAUAAGGAAAAUUAUAAUAUUUUAAGGCAUCUUUUAAUCGAUAUUAUUCAUUUAUAAUGAAUACAUAUUUAAAAUCAAAUGGUAAGAAAAAAAAAGUAUAUCCUAUACUUAAACGAUACUUGAACAAAAUCUGAAAAUUUCCAAUAAUAACUGCCGUUGCUAUGGACUUUUCAAAAAGUCAGAAUUUUUGUGUGAUUUUUUACGCAAUUUAAUUUUCCAUAGCAACAACACCUCUCUGUUGCAUAACAAAGGUUUUUAUGAUGUAUAAUGAAAAUUUAGAUACAUUUUUACAAGUUCCAACUAUAACAAUUGCAAAUAAAUUCUAAAAUCAGGAAUGAAAGCAUAUCAAAAUAAUAUCUCAGUUUUUCUUAAUUUUUGGUCUUGUUGCCAUAGCAACGGAUGUCAAUUUUCAUGAUAAAAUAUAUAUUGCAUGCACAUUGAUAUGGAUGUAAAAAUUUAACAGUUUCCCAUUUGGACUUAUUAAAAAACCGCAGAAAACUGAUUUCAAAAAUUUGUAACGGUUUCCAUGGUAACAUUUUAAAAGUGUUGGUUUCUCCAUCAAUUUUCUUAUAUAAUAAAAUAAUUGAAAAUAGGACAAAGGUUAUUUUAUGUAUUUGAUAGUUUACAUUAGUGGGCAAAACCUUCUAAUAUGGCUUCAAAGUAGGUAAGUUUUGCUUUUUUCCCAUUUUUAGCCUCGAUUACCAUUGCAACGGUUAUCCCCAGCAACCAACUUUUAGUGGUUUUUGCGUUUUGCACCUAGGUGUGUCCAUGUAUGAAAUAUAAGGAAAAUUGGUGACUAUGCGUGGCCAGUCCCUUUUAUAAAUCAUUGAUUAUUACAUAGAAUUGAUCUUAAAUAGCAUUCUCUACUUCCUUACUUGUAAAAAAUAUAUACUGAGGAAUCAUUCUUACUUGAAGGGGUCAAUGUUCGUCUACUGCCAAAUGUUUCCUUGUUCAUGGGGAUAUAAUAUCGUUGGUAAAAAAUUCGGGAUAAUUUUGAUAAAUUUUAAGCCAAUGCUUGUAUUAUUCAUAAGGAUGAAAAUUUGUGGUCAAGGGUUACUCACGAAGCAACGAACACCCCCCUCCCCAACGAACAAUGAUGAUUUAACUGUAUAUAAUUUUUGUUUAUCUUGAUAAUUUUUUUUUCUUUUUUAUGCUCAUUUAAUCCAACAUAUAUCAUAUUUCUAAAAAGUAAUGAGCGUUCCCAUUAUUUGUUUUUAUUAUUUUCUCCAGCUAAGUGCCAUGUCGUUUUUGACCCGACAUUUCGUUACCAAAUUGCAAAAGAGGAGAAAUAACUCGGGAAAAUGUCAAACAAAUGUUUCGAUUCAUUUUUUUUCUCUAUUUCCUUUUCAUAACAUGUUAUAAAGGAAUGAACUUGUUCACGUCGAUAACUAAGCGAAUUCGUUUAUCUGAGUUUUGUUGGGUUUGGUUUAAUUUCAAAGAAAUAUUUUUGAACGAUGACAUUUAACAGAAUUUAGUUGUCAAUAUCUGAAAAUGGAGAAAACCUUUUCCAGAUGCAAACCGUGAAAUGUAACAAAAUUAAUUGUACUAUUAGGAAAUGUAAAUAACAAAAUAAAGUUUAUUGAAAAUUA